AUGGAUGUUUUGGAAAAGAUUUACAUUAACUUUAAACGACAAAUCUCUAAUGUUCCGGUGAUAGUCCCCAGAACUAUCGAAUAUUUCAACAAGUCGGUAAAUAAAAUAAGGAUACCACCUUUCACAAAAGACAAUGUGUUAUUUUAUUAUUUGCCUUUGCAAGGCAUUGUUAGCUACACAACUUUGUCAGUAAGUGUAAUGAAUCCCCAUUUAAUGGUCAGGUUAUUCCCACAACGUGAUGUGACUGAUGUGUUAUUCCUAUCUGCGAGUAGUGGUGCUGGUCUUUGGCUUUGGGCAAGACCCCACAUUGCAACUGCUGCACCUGCAAGACGCUUCUCAUGGGCGCUUCUUGGUGGAUGCCUUUGGCCUCUAGGUUCCAUUUUCUUAUGGGCUAUCUUAAGAAGCUCGAUAGGUCAAAGACCGUUUAUCGGUACAAUGUUGGGUGUUGCAACAGGAGCAACUCUAACUAAUAUUGCUUUGGAUUAUUUCAACUAUGUAGAGCUCAUGUUUUGUGGAGAGGUGCGCCUGCCAGAAGAACCAUAUAGUCCCCACAGUGAUGACGAAAAAUAUGAUAUUGAUAUAUAA